AUGGAGACAAUAAACAUCUGUCCCAAAAUCCUAACGGAAAAUAAGAAAGCGGUGAAGGAAAGUUUCCAGUUAAAACAAAUUCCAAAAUUUGCAAGUGCUGUUGAGCUAAAGAAUUAUAUUGUAAGCGAGAAAGUCAAAGCUGCCAACGUGGAAAGCCUGGAAAUUGGCUUUUACGGCCCUCCAAGAGGUACUCGCUUUGCCAUUGUUGAUGAAACUACCCUGGCUGAGGCGUAUUUCACCGAGAAGCAACAGUGGGUAGUGAUAUGGGUAUGGACCCCACCAGAUGGAGUGGCCAACAAACGUCAAAGUCAAAGUUCCACGGCAGUAGCCAGCAGCAACGCUAAAAGAUUGCGCCUAUCAAGUAGGUGUUAAGAACCUAUUUUCCUUUAAACUCUGUUUGCAUUGCUAGUUUUUGUUCGUUGGUUUUCCGUUUAUCUGCAUGCCUUUUAACUUUUAAGGUGAACAGCACGAUGGGGAGGACGACUUUUCAGACAUCUACAAAAGAUUGGUGGAAAACAUGGCUCGGAAUUGCCCGAUUUUAAGCUCCGAGUGUGGGCCAGGAUGCUGGUAA